AGCUUCAAGAUGGCAGCCAGUGCUCUGCGUUUCGGUCAACACCUCAAAGAACUGAGAAUUCAUCUGUGUCAAAAAUCUGCAGCCAGCAAAGGAGUCAGGGACUUCCUUGAGAGGCAUUAUGUACCUGUGAAAAAGAGCAAUCCCCAGGUUCCCAUUCUGGUGCGGGAAUGUAGUGAAGUACAACCCAAGAUGUAUGCCAGAUAUGAAUACGGCCGUGAAACAAGUGUGCCCUUGACAAACUUGUCUGCAGAUGAUGUCCUGAAUUCCAUGAAAAUUCUAUCAGAGAGUACUUAGAGAAUGGCCUGCAUCUAAUCAAGUACUUUGUGAAAAUGCUUUGUUCAUUGUUGGGCACAUCCUGAUGGUGCGCAGUAUAGAUGUCACAAUUGCGGUACAAGUUAGAAUGUUUGGUGAUAUCAGUUUCACCCAUUGGAUUACCUAGAAGGAAAUGUGUGACUACUGCUGUGAUCCCUCGCAUGUGAAUUCACCAAGCACAAGCUUUCAGCAUAUUUAUACAGGAUAUUUUUUUUUUUUGCAUCUCCUUAUUAAAGACAUGACUGGUUUUGUAAAGCCAGUGAUGUACCUUAAUAGGUUUUUCCACUGUUCUGGUUUGUGGCAGCAAAGAAAAGAUGUGAAAAUACAAGAAUGGUUUGUUUAAUGACAUUGUGUAUGUAUAUAUAGUGCUUUGUAGUGUUAAAUAUAUGAUAAAAGAGUUAAAGCUUCAGUUUGACUUUUUCCAAACAGUUUAGUUCAGGCUAAGGAUUAUAUUGUCUAGAGCUAUACAGUGUGGACUUUGUUCUGGAGAUGGGAACAGACCCUGGUCUAGAGGUUAAAGGCAAUCCAAUCCCAUGGACACAAAGUGUGCAGGUUUAAAAUCAUUAACAGUUAUGAGGCUUAUAAAUAACAAUAAAUGGUGUUUCUUUUUUGCUUGAAA